AUGGAUUUUGCUAAACGAAACUACACUGUACCACCAUUUAAGGAAUAUAAAUUAUCAGCCUGUUUAACACCUUCAGAUAAGAAUCCCCAGCCACAGAUUUACGAGUCUAAUAUCUUUGCUCAGAAUCAUGUACUUGCAAGGUCAAAAUUUUUUAAAUUAUUAAAUGACAAGUACAAACUUAAGCCGAGUAAAUUAGUUUUACUUGAUGCUAAAGAGGUUAAAGAAGAGGUUACUGGAGAAGUAAAAAAUUAUGGUAUUAGUUUCGUUUUUAGGUGCAAAAAAGGACUGCAGAAUUCAUAUAGAGAAUUUAGAGCAAUUUCACGUGUUAGUGCUCUUGAUUUUUUAUUUAGAGAGGCAGCUAUUCGAAUUAGAUGCAAAAGAAAUGAUAUUUUUGUUAUUGAAAUUAAAGAACUAGCGGAUGAUGAAAUUAAAACUGGUAAAGUAGCAGAGUUUAAUCAGAAAGAUCUUAAGUUUCCUGUCUUUAGAAAAUAUUCCAAUACUAAAGACUUAUACGUACCAGUUGAUACUAAUUUAAGUGAUUAA